AUGCUCUGGGGUUCCAGUGUGGUGGCACUGAUGAGCAAUCAGCACUGCGUUGAUGGCUGCCAUGUUGCCGGUGUACGGAACUCAUGCCAAUGCCUUUAUUGUUGCCGCUGUUGUUGCCACACUUCGUUGCAUACAUUAGCUGGAACACUUAGGAGUCGUUUGCAUAAUGCUUGUGGCACGAAAAAGGUGACAGGGAAUGCCUUGCCUGAUGGUUGGGAAUCCUGCCAUGCUUCCCCCAUGUCAAUGCAACCGUCAGUGCCACUUCAGCAUGGCAGCGAACAAAUCCCCUUGUUGCUGUGGCACCCCCUGCAGGCCUUCACCAUCGCUGCAUUAGGCGGGGCAGCACUGGUCUCAUACGCCGAGGACGAAGCAGCGAAACUACAACAGUGA